GAAGAAAUCCCACCUAUAAUCCUGUUAGAAGACUGAGAGCCAUCAAGUUGCUGUCUUGUGAGCAGUGUUUUUGUUUAACUUCCCAAAAUCCAGGUGACUUCCAUGGGACUGCUUGCUGACUCCCAGGAGUGCUACAGACAGCAAGAUGUCCAGCAGCUGUAGGAUGAAACCCUUGAAACUGAAUAUCCUGGUGAACUGGUGAAGUUCCAGACCUGAUGCUUUCCAUGUCUUCUCUGCUGUCUCAACCUCUGUAAUAAACAAGAACAAAAAGUAGUACUGCCUGAUAUGAGGAACUGUGCAAGCAUUGUUCAGAGCCGGAGCUCUGCCGUGCGCCAGUCAUUGUGAAGCCAGAAAGUUGAGAUGUGGGCAGUGGAAAGGUGAUCCUGGAGGAUCAUCUGCGUGUGAAGUAGGACAUGAGCUAACAGAUGAGAAGUGAGGGAGGAGGGGGAGCGUUGAAGUGAGAAGAUAUCCUUGCUUCCUUCUACUGACUGAGCUGAUAGUCUGGGCCAGUGUCCAGCAGAACAUUCCUCACUGCAAAAUUUUCUUGCCAUGAUAACUCCAGUGGAGGUACCUGAAAAUGUAGUGCUUCUUGAGAUGCUGUCAAUGUCCUGUUACAUGAACAACACAGCUUUUGUUUGUGGGAAACAGAAGAGGUUGGUGUCUCUGGGGAAGAUGUCUCUGCAAGAAGAUGCAGGCGUGCUGAAGACUUCAGAAAAGUGAGCAAUGAGUCCUUCUGAACGCUGAAGAGAAGUCCCCUUGUAGGGUCAUGAACCUAAGACAAGUCUUCGUGUCUGUACUGCUGUUUGGAGUAGCUGGUCUACUCCUCUUCAUGUAUCUGCAGGCUUGGAUUGAAGAACACCAUACAGAGUCUGGAAAAAAACUGCAACAAGAGACAAAUAAUCAGGACUUCACGCUCCAGCCUCUGGGGAUGCCAAGGAAAGCAGUGUGGAGGAGAAGUGCUCCUGUGGGCCUCAGUAACCAUGGGAUGGCUGUCUCAAGCAGCAGGCCCUGGCGGGGCAGGGCUGACCCUUUCGCUGUGGUGGCUGCCUCCUCGAGGAGCCGGCUCCCUGAGCAGCAGAAGACAAGUGAGUCCCCUCUGAGCUGGUUCAGAGGGGUGUAUUUACCUCCUGCUCUGCACCCAUUAAACAAGACGUUUGUCAAGGGUGGUGAGUGGCAGGACACAGACAGCACCCAGGAAAAGCGCAGGGCCUUCCUGCAGGACUUUUGUAGGAAAUACAACAGCAGAAAGAAGCUGCAAACCCACCUGGUGCACCUGGUGUCAAGGAUUUAUGUAGAGGACAGGCACAAGGUUCUGUACUGUGAAGUGCCAAAAGCAGGCUGCUCCAACUGGAAAAGGGUCCUCAUGGUGCUCAGCGGACUCACUGCUUCAGCAAACAACAUCUCCCAUGAUGAUGUGCACUACGGAAAGCACCUGAGGAAAUUGGACAGUUAUGACCUAAAAGGGAUCUACACACGCUUGAACAUGUACACCAAGUUCAUAUUUGUACGUGAUCCUAUGGAAAGACUGGUAUCUGCCUUCAGGGAUAAGUUUGAGCAUCCAAACAGCUAUUACCAUCCGGUAUUUGGGAAGGCAAUAAUUAAAAAGUAUAGACAGAAUGCAGAUGAAGAAGCACUGAAAACAGGAUCAGGAGUUAAGUUCAAGGAGUUUAUCCAAUAUUUGUUGGACUCCCACCGACCAAUAGGAAUGGACAUUCACUGGGAGCAAGUCAGCAAGCUCUGCUAUCCCUGCCUCAUCAACUAUGACUUUAUAGGAAAGUUUGAAACCCUGGAAGAAGAUGCCAAUUACUUUCUGCAGCUGGUAGGUGCUCCAGCCAAUCUGAAGUUCCCUAAAUUCAAAGACAGACAUUCCUCUGAUGAGAGAACAAGUACAGAAGUAGUGAGGCAAUAUUUAAAGGAGUUGUCUAAGGAGGAGAGACAGCUGACCUAUGACUUCUAUUACUUGGAUUACUUAAUGUUCAAUUAUACAUCACUACUUGUAUAGCACUAGAAUAGCUUCAGGCUUCUACUAGAUACUUAUCAUGUUGGGAUUCAAAACAACUACUUUGAUAUUAGUCCUGAAAGGAAAUGAAGUUACUGCUAAGUAGAGUUGUCUUGAAUUAGUGGAGAUUUUAUAAGCUAGAGUGAUAUCAUUUGAUACUAAAUUAUGGAGAAUUCAAAGGAAAAAAGACCUGUAAACAGCAUAAAUUGCACUAAAAUGCCUGAAAAAGCUGUUUUUACCGUUAUGGAUUAUUCUAUGGAAGCAGUAGCUCAGACAGCUGUUGCAUUAGCUUACCUAAUGUUCUUUUAAUGGUUUAAGAAAAAAAAUUCAGAGUGGCAUGAUUCUUUUUUUGGUAUGUUUGCUUUAGAAAUGGGUUUUGAAAAAACUUUUGAUUGUAUUUUUACUUUCUGUCACUUAUUAAUAAAGAAUCAU